UCUCCUCAAUGGCUGUUUGGUUCAAGCAAAGGAGAAGUUGUUUGUUCUUCCUCUCAGCUUUGACAGCGAUGCCUGGGGCUUAAGUUUCCGAGGUCGUUUCUGCUGCAUCUCUUUGCUGGACAGGGCAUUGACCAAGAAGGAGGAGGAGGAGAAGGAGGAACAGGCACUUCAAGUUCUGCGAGAAAGGAGGAACAGACGCUUUUAUGGCCUUUCAUUAUUUCUGUUUUAUUAAGCUGCAAACAUAGUCACCACAAUUAUUUUUAAGUGCAACAUCGAAAGAUAUAUAACAUCCAGUUUGGCUGGACAAGGGUUCAGAGCAAAACACACCAUUAAGUGGUAUUUACAUUGUGUUUUCCCUGAUCACAUAACAUAACCAAACUCUGCUUUAGGCUGUCAUCCAUUCAUCUGUUUUUUUUGGGGGAAAUCGCACUAACAGAAGAGGCCAAGUUCAGCAUAAACAGGACCUCUGGGUUAACUCCCUGAAAGAUAAUUUAGAGUUUGUGUAACCUUCUGGGAAGAAAGAGAAGAUGGCUGGAUCUGAAAAUAAGAAACCAGAGGGGUAUCAUCCCGUAAACUCACAUAUAAAAGAGAAUGGAGAAAGUAAUGGAAGCAUCAGUGUAUACCUAAACAAACAUGAAGCAGCCAGUUUGAAACCUCCACUUGGAUUGCAUUUUUGUGUCAAACGCACACCAGCUUUUUUCAUUGCGGGUGUGAGUGUGAUACUUAAUCUCGCCCUGGUCAUUGCCCUCCUUGUCUUAUCAGUGAGGCCAAGGGGACUGUCUCCAGUUUGUCCUACUUGCCCAGUGGUCUCCUGUCCAAGUGGCUGGAUUGGAUACCAAGGGAGAUGCUACUAUUUUGCAAAGGCUGAAGGAAACUGGACAUCUAGCAAGAAACACUGUUCUUCUCUCAACGCUUCUUUGGCCGUGGUUGAUUCCCAAGAAGAGAUGGAAUUUAUGAUGCGCUACAAAGGUUUUUCAGACCACUGGAUUGGUCUCGAAAGAAAUCAAAGUCAGCCCUGGACAUGGAUCGAUGGUACCAUUUUCAACGGCUGGUUUACAAUUCUUGGAGGAGGAAGCUGUGCGUAUAUGAACCAACAAGGUAUUGCCAGCUCCAGCUGCUCAAGAGAAGAACCGUGGAUCUGCAGUAAACCAAUUCUGAGAUGACACAGGGCUCUCUGUGCAUCACGUGAGCUUCUGGUCCCCACGGAACACACGCGCGGAGAUGAGAUGACCAUUUUCAGAGCCCCCCUUGUGGUGAAGAUGAAAGAGGAGAGGAAGAGGGCUGAAGCUAAGAGAUCCCAAGAAAACAGAUGGCUGUGGAAUAAGUUAAAUGAAAAAA